UGCGAUUUUGUUGCUCUCAAUGGAGGAGAUGUGGUCCAUAUUUUAAAAUAUGAUUGUUCUGUCAGGCCAGUCUCUGAUUGCGGGUCGAAUGACGCUUUUGAGCUGAUUAGUUCUGCUGACAUUGAAACAGACAAAAUUGUGUGGUACAAAAAUGCAUUGAUUUAUAUUAAUUCGUCUGAUAAAUUGAUGUAUUACGUCUAUGGAGAAUAUUUCAAUGUAGCUUCUCUUGAAAGUGGGAUGUUUUUAAUAUCUUAUUUAUCUGAAAUUGAUUGUGUUUUCGUCACCGAUAAAACUCGGAGUUUGAUCUCGUAUAAACUAUCAUCAUUACUUAUUGACUAUCAUAUUGCAGUACUUUCAAAAGAUUUCAAGCUGGCUGAUCAGAUUAUACAAAGUUUACCUAAAUCGAUGCUUAACGACAUUGCACACUUCCUUGAAAAACAAGGAUUUCCUGAUCAAGCAAUAUUAAUUUCGGAUGAUGAUGUACAUAAAUUCGAAUUGGCGAUUCAGAUUAGAGAUAUUGAUAGUUCUCUUUUUCUUGCUAAUGAACUUAUGGAUGAGAAUAAGUGGAAGCAAGUUGCCGAUUUGGCACUUUCUCUAGGAGAUUACGAAAUCGCAAAAGAAUGUCUUAAGCAUGUUAAGGAUUAUAGCAGCUUAUUAUUGAUGGCAGCAUCUAAUUGUGAUCAAACACUUUUCAAUGACAUUAUUGACGGUGCCAUCACUGAUGACUUGCCACAUAUUGGAUUUUUAGCUUCGUUUUGUUCUGGAAAGUUUUAUAAUUUUUACUAAUAGCUUUAGCCUUAGUAAAUGCUUCGAACUCCUUAUGGCUUCUGAUUGCUAUGCUGAGGCUGCUCUAUUCAGCAGAACUUAUCUGCCUAGUUUUAUGAAUCGGUUUGAAAACUGAUAAUAUUUUGUAGUGCUGUAAAAAGUUGGAGAACUCAUUCUUCUAUUUUAUACCCUUGUAUAGAACAACAAUUGGCUGAUCCUCUGGAGCGUCCAUUAAUGUUCAGUGAACUUACAGAAACGUUGAAAGCUGAAAUUUUUCAAAAAAAUCGCUGCGAUCAAAAAACUACUUCCAGAUCUUAUCCUACAUUGGCACCAAAUAUUGAACGUAAUAUACUUGAAGAAAUGUGUGAGGGAAACGUUUACAUUAACGCCGAAGAAGAUUUAAAUAAUUCGA